UUUAACGUGUAUCUAAAGUUAUGAUCUCCCAAAAUCUACAUCGGAAGUUAGAGCGAUUUUGUUUUGGUACAAGUAUGUUUAUGUACAUAUAACAAAGGAAUACCACAAAACAGACAUGCAUUAUACAUAAUACGCAGGCACUCGACGUUUUAUAUAUAUAAACAAACUAGUCACAUAGUACAUCACGCCGCCGGUUGUUUACUAUAGCCGAUAAAUGGACUUUAUUUCCAGUUCGCCGUGACGAUGCAAGAUAUAAGAUUGACAGCGUUGCUGCUAGACAUGUAUGAACCAAAGUCCCAGAAACUCCAGGGAGCACCUAACGGUUGUCAGUGUGUGGGGUAUAACUGUGGUUGCUGUCAGCAUUUGGAGGUGGACAAGAUAGGGCUAAAUGACACAGUGUGUAUUAAUGUGACCUAUCUGGACAAAGACUACGGACUUGAGGUCACCCUUAGCGUGGAUGGUCACGUGUACAUGAACGUCUCGGUAUCAGCUCGAAACCCGCCUCCUCUGUGCGCCGCUAUUCCAGGCUUAAAGGACUUGGCCAGUAUUUGUCUCCAAUUCUACAACCUCAGCGUCAGUUCCACGUCUUUCUAUGGGUGCAUAAAGCUCGUUGCUAAGCUGAAAUACGUCACCGUCGAGAAAAUAAACAUUGGCUGCCUUAGAAUACCACCUUCUUCCCAACAUCAGGUGGAGUUUGUAGAUGCAGGAGCACUCACCCUGAUGGACACUUCAGUGAAAGUUAAAACGGGGUACUCUAAAGUGCCACUUCUUAAAAAAUACUACAUCACGAACCAAGAAUAAAUGUGGACGGUCGAUUACAUUCCAGAUUAUUUUUCAAUGUAUGAAUAUACUACAAUUUUAUUGCUUUUAUAUACAUAUGUACUUUAGAAAAGACUUUAUUUUGUUUAUAAUAUUUUCUGUACUGAAUCUCUCGUUGUCUAUAAUUCCUAUCAGAGUAUCUAGUUGCCUGUACUUCUUAAUAAUCUUGGGUUGUUUUUUUAUCACACGUUUAAGCUCAAUGUUACACAUACUGGGUAAUUUUUGUACAUUAGAAAUGGAGAGAUCCCAAAGUAUCAUGUUUCUGCGUGACGUUACUGGAAAGACCUUAAAUCAAUUGAUCCGAACAAGUAUGUGUUUUGAAAAGUGAUUACAUUAAUAUUCUUAUCAGAAAUGAUUUCUGAAAAUAUCUGUAUUUUGUUUGAUAGAUGGCAUAAUUCCUUAUUAAAUUAUGUUUGUCCAUUUUAUAAUGGAUAACAAGAUACACAGAAUCUCCUAUUAGGGGUUAUACACAAGUAGACAUGAAAUGAACUAUACUGUAGCAAUAAAGCCGAUUUAAUUAUG